ACUUGUGGACAGAAGAAGCUACAAGUGCCUUUGUUUGUUCAUUUAGAGACGAAGAUGAAACUCCAGGAGAUCAUAGAGGAGAAGAGUAGCUUGUGGAUAUUUGGAUAUGGCUCCCUGUUGUGGAAACCCAACUUUGUCUACAAAAGAAGUACCGUUGGCUAUAUUAAAGGAUACAAAAGACGCUUCUGGCAUGGAGAUGACUUCUACAGAGGAGACAAGGAAAAUCCUGGAAGAGUGGUCACACUGAUAGAAGAUGAAGAAGCAUGCACAUGGGGAGUGGCCUUUGAGGUGACUGGCCCUCAGAUAGAGGAGACUCUCCAUUACCUCAACAUCCGUGAAGUAGUGAUGGGGAGCUACAUCACAGAAGUGGUGGAAUUUGUGCCUGGAGAGAGAGGCCAGAGCAGCCAGCUCGCCCUGGUCUACAUCGCCACUCCUGAUAACCCACGAUACCUGGGCCCCGCCCCUGACACCGAGAUCGCUGCUCAGAUAGCCAGCUGCAAAGGAAAAUUCGGUCCUAACCUGGAAUAUCUGGUUCACCUGGCCGACUUCAUGAGGUUGUACUGUCCAGGCGUGGAGGACCAUCACCUAUUUACCAUUGAAGAACACGCUUUGAACUUUGUCCGUGGAGAAAGUGAAAGCCCACCACAAAGGCCUGUGCUGGUGGGGGCUGAAUAAAGAACAAUUGUCUACAAGAAAUUAGUUGUCAAGGCAAGUGGGGGUUUUGUGAGCUUUUUCUCUGGCAGGUCUGGACAACAAAGACACCUUCAUAUCUAUAAAUUUUGCUGCUGAGAUCUUAAGGGCAUUUACACAUUUUUUGGGCCCAGCUUGAACAUGACUAUUGUAUACAGUAUAUAAUGUCCUUGGUGCCUUAAAGGUAAAGACUGUUG